ACAUACUCUGUGAUAUGAUGGGAAUACUUUAGACUGAACAGAACAGAAUGUACAUUUCAGUAUCAAGAAAGAACAUCCUCAAGUUAGCCUAAGCUGGUUUGAUUUGCAUUCAGAGAUGACCCAUGCCAAUCAUUAGAUAUGGUCAAGGAUAGUGUCAGAAGAGCCUGUUGAAACAAAACAAAUAUCAAGAUGGACCGUGGAUACGUGCCUAAACAUGAUCUACGGAUAGUCUUACUGGGACAGGCUGGCCCAUGGAAAGGCUUGGUCAGCAAGGACAUUAUGGGCCUGUGGUGCGAUGGGUCGAUGUGCUUGGAGCGAGAAGAAUCUGGCCGGACAGUCACCAUGGUGAUGACCCAAGGCUGGGACAGUGACUCAGAACACACAGGUGGUGGUGCAGUUGAACAGGAGGUCAUGAGAAGUGUGACCCUUUGCCCUCCAGGGCCGCACGCUCUCCUGCUGGCACUGCCCAUGGGGCCCGACGUGGGCAUCGCGAGGCGUGACGUGGAGAGGGCCCAACAGCACAUGAGCUUUCUGUCCGAGAGAGCCUGGAGACACACCAUGGUUGUGUUCAUCUGCACCUACAGAAUAAUGUCGGACAAGAUCUUGCUGGACAGACACAUUCUAGGGCAGCUUGUAAAUAAAUGCGGAGGAGGACAUUCUAUUAUCUUUGUGGACAGGCCCAAUUCUGAGCUCUUACAGAAGGUAGAUCAAAUGGCGGCAAGAAACAGACAACGUUUCCUUCAACACCAUGAGGUGAAAGGGCAGAGACCAACUAUGGAGGCAGAACUGCCUCCAGCCCUCAAUGAGAAUCUGAGGAACAGGAGGGGCAUUGGGUCACCAGGGCCACGACCAGGAACGACCGCGUGAUAGAGAGGUGCCACCGGAAUGACCUUGUGGAUGGAAUAAAAUGUAUUUGUGGUGUG